GCCACCAUGGGGCUAAGAGCUGCCAGCCUUUUUAUGCUCUGGCUGGCUCUUUCUCAUACGAGUGAAAUAAGAAAAGGAAGGACAAGAAACCACGGUCAUUAUGUCUGCAGCACCUGGGGGAACAACCAUUUCAAAACUUUUGAUGGAGAUAUCUAUCAAUUUCCUGGCAUGUGCGAGUACAACUUUGUUUCUGACUGCAAAGACUCUUACAGGGAGUUCUCUGUCCACAUUCAACGUGCUCUGAACAGCAAAAACCACCCUGAGAUUCAGUAUAUCCUGAUAACAAUCACAGAUUUCACGGUGUACCUCAAGCCCAAACUGGCUGUUGUGGAUGGGCGGAUUGUCAAGACGCCUUACUACAGCUCUGGUUUGCUCAUUGAGAGCAAUGACAUUUAUACCAAGGUUUAUGCCAAACUAGGCCUAAUUUUGAUAUGGAAUCAGGAAGAUGCACUGAUGGUGGAGCUGGACAGCAAGUUUGGUAACCAGACAUGUGGGCUUUGUGGGGAUUACAAUGGAAUUCCAAUCUACAAUGAGUUUAUUAGUGGAGUUGCAAGCUACAAUUCAAUUACUUAUGGGAAUUUACAGAAGAUCAGCAAACCCAAUGUUGAAUGUGAAGACCCUGAUGAAACUCAGGCUCUCCCAAGCUGUAGUGAGCAUCGUGAUGAAUGUGAGAAGCUGCUGACCUCCUCUGCAUUUGAUGACUGUCACUCACGCCUUAAUCUGGAAAUGUACAUCCAAGCCUGCAUGCAGGACAAAUGUGCAUGUAAAGGAAAUGAGGACUCCUUCUGCCUCUGCAGCACCAUCUCUGAGUAUUCUCGCCAGUGUUCACAUGCAGGUGGCCGGCCGGGUGAAUGGAGGACAGAGAACUUUUGCUACAAGACAUGUCCUGGCAACAUGGUCUAUAGAGAAAGCAGCUCACCCUGCAUGGAUACUUGCUCACACUUGGAAGUCAGCAGUCUCUGUGAGGAACAUUACAUGGAUGGUUGUUUCUGCCCUGAAGGAACUGUGUAUGAUGACAUCACUGAAAAAGGCUGCAUACCUGUUAGUGAGUGCUACUGCAGACUCCAUGGAAAGGGGUAUUCACCCGGAGAAACCAUUACCAAUGAGUGUGAAGAAUGCACCUGUAAUUCAGGCAGAUGGACAUGUAAAGAUUUACCCUGUCCAGGCACAUGUUCAGUGGAAGGAGGUUCUCAUAUUACGACCUUUGAUGGGAAGAAAUACACCUUCCAUGGAAACUGUUACUAUGUGUUGGCCAAGAGUGCUGUGAAUAAUACUCAUGCCCUCCUGGCAGAGCUGGCUCCUUGUGGCUCUACAGAUGGACAGACCUGUUUGAAGACUGUUGUGCUGUUAGUAGAUGACAAAAAGAAUGUGGUGGUUUUCAGAUCAGAUGGCAGUGUGUCACUGAACGAGAUGGCAGUGAAUGUGCCACAUGUGUCAGCUAGCUUCUCAGUUUUCAAGCCAUCUUCUUACUACCUCAUUGUACACACCUCUUUUGGGCUUCGGCUGCAGAUUCAGUUGUCUCCAGUCAUGCAACUGUUUGUGACAGCGGAUCAGUCAGUCCAGGACCUUCAAGGUCUUUGUGGUAAUUUUAAUGGAAUGGAAGGUGAUGACUUUAAAACAGCCAGUGGGUUGGUAGAAGCUACAGGAUCUGCCUUUGCUAACACCUGGAAAGCUCAGUCCACCUGUGCAGACCAAGCAGAAAAGCUGGAAGACCCCUGCAGUCUCAGCAUUGAAAGUGCAAAUUAUGCUGAGCAUUGGUGUUCUUUGCUGAAAAACUCAGAGGGACCAUUUGCAAGAUGUCAUUCAGUCAUCGAUCCUGCAGAAUACUAUAAGAGGUGUAAAUAUGACACCUGCCUCUGCAAGGACAAUGAGGAGUGCUUGUGUGCUGCCCUGUCCUCUUACUCAAGAGCAUGUGCUUUCAAAGGGGUCAUACUGGGUGGCUGGAGGCAAAGUGUCUGUGCUGGUGAAGUGUCCGCCUGCCCAGGAAAUCAAGUCUUUCGCUACAAUCUUACCAUGUGCCAGCAAAGCUGUCGUUCCAUUGCUGAUGGUGAAAAGUACUGCUUGCAAGGCUUUGCUCCAGUGGAUGGCUGUGGCUGCCCAGAUAAUACAUACUUGGAUAAUCAGGAUACAUGUGUGCCCAUCUCCAAAUGUCCAUGCUAUUACAAGGGGUCGUAUCUGGAACCUGGGGAAUAUGUUACAAAAGAUGGAGAACGUUGUGUUUGCCGAAAUGCGAAGGUCCAAUGUACUUCAGUGAGAAUGAGAAUGAAAAGUAUAACAGAAUGUCCUUCAAACAAAAUCUACUUUGAUUGCAACGCAUCCCCAGAUGGGACUUCACGGACACCUGUACAACUUCGCUGUGGUACUUCUCAAACUGAUCUUUAUCAAGGUGAGUGUGUCUCAGGCUGCGUGUGUCCUGAAGGUCUCUUUGAUGAUGGUAGAGGGGGCUGUGUUGAGGAAGAGGACUGCCCAUGUAUUCAUAACAGCGACUGGUAUAACCAUGGUCAGACCAUAACUGUGGACUGCAACACCUGUACCUGCCAGAAAGCUAUCUGGAGCUGCACUAAAAACGUGUGCUAUGGAACUUGCAUGAUAUAUGGAAGUGGCCAUUAUAUCACAUUUGAUGGAAAAUUCUAUGACUUUGAUGGAAGUUGUGAAUACGUGGCUACUCAGGACUAUUGUGGUGACAAAAAUUCUGGAGGCUCAUUCAGUAUCAUCACAGAGAAUGUCCCUUGUGGAACUACAGGAGUCACCUGCUCAAAGGCCAUUAAAAUGUUUAUAGGGAAAACUGAGCUGAAGUUGGAGAACAAGGAUUAUAAAGAAAUUCAGCGAGAUGUUGGUGAUGAUGUGCAUUACCAGAACAGGACAGUAGGUCUCUACCUCGUUAUUGAAGCUAGCAAUGGUGUGAUGCUUAUCUGGGAUAAGAAGACCACUGUUUUCAUCAAACUGACUCCUGACUAUAAAGGGAAAGUGUGUGGUCUGUGUGGCAACUUUGAUGACAAGGCCAGCAAUGACUUUACAAGCAGGAGUGGGCUGCAAGAGUCAAGUGCUUUGACCUUUGGGAAUUCCUGGAAACAGUCGUCUGUGUGCCCAGAUGUCACAGAAGAGAUUAAGCCCUGUGAUCUGAAACCACAUCGCAAGUCCUGGGCAGAGAAAGAAUGCAGCCUUAUCCUGAGUGACAUAUUUAAAAUUUGUCAUUCCAAGGUGAACCCAUCUCCUUUCUAUGAUGCUUGCGUUCAUGAUGCCUGCUCUUGUGACAGUGGUGGAGACUGUGAUUGCUUCUGUUCUGCUGUUGCUGCAUAUGCACAAGAAUGUACCAAGGCUCAGGCUUGUGUUUUCUGGAGAAGUCCUGAUAUAUGCCCAAUAUUUUGUGACUACUAUAACCCUCGUGAUGAGUGUGAAUGGCACUACGAGCCUUGUGGCAGCAAUAUCAUGACCUGCAGAAUGAUUUAUAAUGUCAGCACCAACUUCUCAGUUCCAUACCUGGAAGGUUGCUACCCUAGAUGCCCUCAUGAAAAACCUGUUUAUAAUGAAGAGACAAAAGAAUGUGUGGCUGCAGAUGAAUGUUGGUGUUACCACAAUGGUAAACCUGUUAUCAUUGGUGGAGAAAUACCCACAGAAGAGAACUGUACAAAAUGCGUGUGUCGCCCUUCGGGAUCUAUUGAGUGUACACCAAUUCCAGGAUGUCCUUGUGUAAUCAAUGGAACAAGUUAUGAAGUGGGAGAAACUGUUGCAACAAUAAAGGAUGGGGAUAUAUGCACAACAUAUGUUUGUGCAGAAAAUGGAUCUGUAGUUCCUGGAAUUGCUUAUCCUUGUCCAUUAACUACUUCACCAUCUACGAUUACAACCUCCCCUGGUACAAGUACUCUUACCACCAUUGUUACCACAAGUCCUCCAGUAACUACAACUCCAUGCCUUGGAUUAAUCUGCGAUUGGUCUGAGUGGUUUGAUGUUAGUAACCCUGAAGAAGAUGGUGGUGACUAUGAAACCUAUGAUGCAAUAAGAAUUGAACAUGGAAACAAAAUAUGUACAGCUCCUGAAAAUAUUGAAUGCAGAGCUAAAGAUAGUCCUGAUAAAACCUUAGAGGAACUUGGCCAAAAGGUGGAGUGUAAUGUUACAUAUGGACUCAUCUGUAAAAACGAGGAGCAAGAUGCAAGUAUCUGGCAUCUUUGCUAUAAUUAUGAAAUCAGGGUAAACUGUUGUGAAUGGCAUGAAGUUCCUUGUGUGACUGCAAGUACACCAAGCUCAACACCAACUGCAUCUUCAGUCACCACUGGAACAACUGUGCCCACUACUACAACUCAGCAGUCAACAACAAUUACCACCGUACCAACACCCACUGCAACCACUACAAGCCAGCCCACUUCUUCAGUAACCACACCAGUAACUUCAGCCUCCACAGUAUCAACUGCUCCCACACCGACUCCAUCAGAGUCACCGACCAGUACUGCCACCACAACACCCUUCAGCAGCAGUACCCAGGGAACUACUCUGACCGUUCCUGGCGUAUCCUCAUCCACUCCGACAGUUACAAGCACAGUCCUACCACCAAUAGUAACUCAAACCCACACUCCUCCACCUUCACAACCAGAGAGAAAUUGUGAAUGCAUCUGGACAGACUGGAUUGAUAUGAGUCAACCAGAUAGAUCUGAUGUGAACAGUGGAGACUAUGAAAACAUUGACAAAAUAAAUGAAUCCUCCAUGGUAUGCGUGAAAGCUGAGAAUAUUUCAUGCAGAGCGAAGGAUUACCCUAACAUUUCUCUUGAAGAAUUAGGGCAGAAGGUUGAAUGCAACGUUAACACAGGGCUUACCUGUAACAAUAAGGAUCAAGAAAACAACAGCGAUGUUAAAUACUGCCAUAACUAUGAGAUCAGUAUCUGCUGCACACCAAACAUACCAGAGUGUUUACCAAGUACGGAACAUACCACAACAGUCAGCACACCAGUGUCACACUCAGUCACUACAACCACAGUUUUCACUUCAACUGUGUCAAGCACAACUGCCUCACCAACAACUGGGUCUUCCCCCACUUCCACCUCUGGCACGACGCUUUCCAGCACCAGCAGCAGCACCGUGAGCACCACGCCUGUUACUAGCACAACCACAACAUCCAGCUCGACUUUGGUCAGCACGCCCACACCCAGGCCAACACCCACCACGUCCCUACCACCUCCACCCACAACAACAGAAGUAAUCUGCACGUUCCCCCCGGAGGACUGCAUUUGGACUGACUGGAUCGAUGUGAGUUACCCACAGUAUGGCCCGGAGAGUGGUGAUGAUGAGACCUUUGAAACUAUUCAGAAUAAGAUCCCUUCAUGGAACUGUACGAAGGUAGAGAAUGUUUCCUGCAGAGCGGAGAAAAUUCCCAAACACUCCUAUAGAAGAUUAGGGCAGAAGUGGAAUGUGAUGUUAUACACAGGACUCAUCUGUACACAUAAGGAUCAAACCAUAGGGGGUGUGAUACCAAUGCCGAUAUGCCUGAAUUAUCAGAUCAAAGUCUGCUGUGCCCCAAUAAGUCCAGAGUGCACAACAGCGAUCACAACUACAACCACAGGAGAAACCAGCACAUCAGUGUCCCUCUCGCCGACAACAAGUACAACUUACACUCCGAGUGUGUCAAGCACCACUGCCCCGCCAACUGCAACCGCGUCUUCCCCCACUUCCACCUCUGGCACGACACUCUCCAGCACCAGCAGCAGCACCGUGAGCACCACGCCUGUUACGAGCAUGCCCACUACAUCCAGCUCGACUUCGGUCAGCACGUCCACACCAGGCCCACCCACCACCUCCCUACCACCUGAAACCUCGACAACGGAAGGUUCCACUUCGCAGAGCACCACGAGCACAACAGUGUCGAGUACAAGUGUGUCAAGCACCACUGCCCCACCAACUGCAACUGCGUCUUCCCCCACUUCCACCUCUGGCACGACGCUCUCCAGCACCAGCAGCAACACUGUGAGCACCACGCCUGUUACGAGCACGCCCACUACAUCCAGCUCGACUUCGGUCAGCACGUCCACAACAGGCCCACACCCAACCACCUCCCUACCACCUGAAACCCGGACAACGGAAGGUUCCACUUCGCAGAGCACCACGAGCACAACAAGUGUGUCGAGUACAAGUGUGUCAAGCACCACUGCCCACAACUGCAACCGCGUCUUCCCCCACUUCCACCUCUGGCACGACGCUCUCCAGCACCAGCAGCAGCACCGUGGAGCACCACACCUGUUACGAGCACGCCCACUACAUCCAGCUCGACUUCCGGUUCACUUCGCAGAGCACCACGAGCACAACAGUGUCGAGUACAAGUGUGUCAAGCACCACUGCCCACCAACUGCAAUCGCGUCUUCCCCACUUCCACCUCUUGCACGACGCUUCCAGCACAGCAGCAGCACCGUGAGCACCACGCCUGUACGAGCUCGCCCACUACAUCCAGCUCGACUUCGGUUCCACUUCGCAGAGCACCACGAGCACAACAGUGUCGAGUACAAGUGUGUCAAGCCCCACUGCCCCACGCCAACUGCAACCGGCAUCUUCCCCCACUUUUCACCUCUGCACGACGCUCUCCCAGCACCAGACAGCACCGUGAGCACCACACCUGUUACGAGGCACGCCCACUACAUACCAGUCGACUUCGGUUCCACUAUACGCAAGGCACCACGAGCACAACAGUGUCGGUACAAGUGUGUCAUAAGCAACCACGCCCCGAACCAAACUGCAACUGCCGAUCUUCCCCACUUCAACCUACUGGCACGACGCUACCCAAGCACCGCUAAGCAGCACCGGAUGAACACCGACAGCGCGCUGUCGACGGAGCACAGACCCACUCCAUGCGCUCGACCUGGAGAGAGUACAAGUCAGACGGCGCACGACGCUAUUUCUGUCUCUCGUCGUCAGCUUGUAGUGGAACAAUUGGUGUAUAUGGUCUCCACUUCGACAGAGCACCACGAGCACAACAGUGUCGAGUACAAGUGGUGUCAAGACAACCACUGCCCCCACCAACUGACAACUGCGUCUUCCCCACUCUUCCACCUCUGGCACGACUCUUUCCCAAGCACCCGCAGCGGAGCACCAGAAAUGAGCACCACACUGUUACGAGAUGCCCACUACAUCCAGCUUCGACUUCGGUCACACGUUCACUACCCACGGCCCCUCACCACCUCCCUACCACCUGAACCUACGACAACGAGCUGGUUAUGCAUAUUGCGCUCGGGAACAGCAUCGUGUCUGUACCGGCGCACUCUACUAGUGACUGAUUAUCUCGGUAUGUUUAUAUCCUCUGUAGCUGACUUGCCAAGCACACCCACUACAUCCAGCUCGACUUCGGUCAGCACGUCCACACCUAGGCCCACACCCACCACCUCCCUACCACCUGAAACCUCGACAACGGAAGGUAAUUGUCUGUCUACGCUGUCUGGUCUUGCUUUGCGGACGGAGAGUUCGGUCAGCACGUCCACACCCAGGCCCACUCCCACCACCUCCCUACCACCUGAAACCUCGACAACGGAAGGACCCACUUCGCAGAGCACAAGUACAAGUAUGUCAAGCAGCAGUGCCCCACCAACUGCAACUGGGUCUACCCCCUCUUCCACUUCUGGCACAACGCUCUCCAGCACCAGCAGCAGCACCGUGAGCACCACGCCUGUUACGAGCACAACCACUACAUCCAGCUCGACUUCGGGCAGCACGUCCACACCCAAGACAACACCCACCACCUCCCUACCACCUCCACCCACAACAACAGAAGUAAUCUGCACGUUCCCCCCGGAGGACUGCAUUUGGACUGACUGGAUCGAUGUGAGUUACCCACAGUAUGGCCCGGAGAGUGGUGAUGAUGAGACCUUUGAAACUAUUCAGAAUAAGAUCCCUUCAUGGAACUGUACGAAGGUAGAGAAUGUUUCCUGCAGAGCGGAGAAAUUCCCAAACACUCCUAUAGAAGAUUUAGGGCAGAAAGUGGAAUGUGAUGUUAACACAGGACUCAUCUGUAACAAUAAGGAUCAAACCAUAGGGGGUGUGAUACCAAUGCCGAUAUGCCUGAAUUAUCAGAUCAAAGUCUGCUGUGCUCCCCCAUUAAGUCCAGAGUGCACAACAGCGAUCACAACUACAACCACAGGAGAAACCAGCACAUCAGUGUCCCUCUCGCCGACAACAAGUACAACUUACACUCCGAGUGUGUCAAGCACCACUGCCCCGCCAACUGCAACCGCGUCUUCCCCCACUUCCACCUCUGGCACGACGCUCUCCAGCACCAGCAGCAGCACCGUGAGCACCACGCCUGUUACGAGCACGCCCACUACAUCCAGCUCGACUUCGGUCAGCACGUCCACACCCAGGCCCACACCCACCACGUCCCUACCACCUGAAACCUCGACAACAGAAGGUUCCACUUCGCAGCGAGCCAUAAGCCACAAACAAGUGUCGAGACAAGUGUGUCAAAGCACGACUGCCCCGCCAACUGCAAACUGCGUCUGUCCCCCACUUCCAGCCUCAUGGCACGACGCUCUUCCAGCACCAGCAGCAGCACCUGUUCCACUGGCGCAGAGCACCACGAGCACAAACCUAGUGUCGAGUACAAAGUUCUCGGUGUCAAGCACCACUAGCCCCGCCAACUGCAAACUGCGUUACUUCCCCCACUUUCCACCUCUGGCACGGACGGCUCUCCAGCACCAAGCAGCCAGCACCACCACCACGUGGCCCCUACCAACUGCAACGCAUUCUUCCCCCACUUCCACCUCUGGCACAACACUCUCCAGCACCAGCAGCAACACCGUGAGCACCACGCCUGUUACGAGCACGCCCACUACAUCCAGCUCGACUUCGGUCAGCACGUCCACACCCAGGCCCACUCCCACCACCUCCCUACCACCUGAAACCUCGACAACGGAAGGAACUACCUCGUACAGCACUACCAUCGUUACUGGUUCUUUUAGCACUGAAGGUACGACCACUGUGUCUGAGAGCUCUUCGACAGCUUCAGUUUCUACACCCGUUAACACACAAACUACGGGAGCAUCAUCUCCAUCGGUAACUCCAUCUGUCAGCAUGUCCCCACCUCCAGUUUCAACAGUCCCAUCAACAGUUACGACAUCUGGAACGACUCCUACGAAGCCUUUUACCACCACUUCAGGAACAACUUUUAGUUCUUUUAGUACUGUCACUGCAACCACCAUUACCACUUCAGAAAUUGUUUCUUCUGGUUCAGCUAGCACUUCUGGGACAACUCCUACAUCGAGUACAGUCACUGUUCCUGGAAGCUCUACAUACAGCACAGUGACUACGCUUAGUACUUUAAGUUCAACUGCCAGUUCCAGCUCUAAUUGUACAAUUUCACCUAAUGAAACUUACGCGCCUGGUGAGUCAUGGUGGCUCUGUAACUGCACCCAGGCUAUAUGUGUAGAAAACAAUACCGUUGUGAUCGUUCCGGUAAUCUGUGAGCCACCUCCUAAACCCACCUGUUCCAACGGGCUCUCUCCUGUGCAAGUUAUGGAUGACGAUCUAUGCUGUUGGCACUGGGAAUGUGAUUGUUACUGCACUGGCUGGGGAGACCCACAUUAUAUGACUUUUGAUGGACUCUACUACAGCUAUCAAGGGAAUUGCACAUAUGUUCUUGUGGAAGAGAUUGAAAAAACAGUUGACAGCUUUGGUGUCUUCAUUGAUAGCUACCACUGUGAUGCACGGGAUGUCUUUUCUUGUCCACGAGCACUCACUGUGAGACAGGAGAUUCAUGAAGUGUGCAUCGUAACGGUGAAACCAAAUUCCAUGGAAGUAGAGGUGACUGUAAACAAACAGGCCGUGGCUUUGCCUUAUAAGAAAUUUGGCUUAAGGAUCUAUGAGUCGGGCAUAAAUCGAGUAGUGGAAAUUCCUGAACUUAAAAUGAACGUGACCUUCAAUGGCUUGUCAUUUUCUAUCAGAAUGCCCUACAGCUUGUUUGGAAACAACACUCAAGGACAGUGCGGUGUUUGCAAUAACAACACUGCCGAUGACUGCAGGUUGCCAAAUGGAAAUAUUGCAGAGAACUGUGAAACCAUGGCCGAUCAUUGGCAAGUUGUCGAUCCCUCCAAACCACAGUGUUCUCCGGGCCUAGUUCCUACAAAAGCACCUAGCGUACCAACAGGGCAGCCUUGCAAAGAAUCUUCCCUUUGUGAGCUUCUUUGGGGAAGUGUGUUUGAGAAGUGUCACAAAGUCGUUAAGCCAGAUAAGUACUAUGCAGCUUGCGUUUUUGAUAGCUGCGUACUUCCCGACUUAGACCUGGAAUGCUCAAGUCUGCAGAUCUAUGCAGCUGUCUGUGCCGAUCAAAAUGUCUGCAUUGACUGGAGAAGUCAUACCAAUGGCGUUUGCUCUUACGAAUGUCCCAAACAUAAAGAAUAUAGAGCGUGCGGUCCUACUCAAGAGACAACCUGCAAGUCAAGUCCAUAUAACGAAACUUCAGUUAAACAAGUGGAAGGCUGUUUCUGUCCUAACGGUACAAUGCUGUUCGACUCCGGUGUGGAUGUGUGCGUAAAUACCUGCGGCUGUGUCGGAUUGGAUAUGAUACCGAGAGAGUUUGGAGAAAAGUUUACGGCAGACUGUCAGGACUGCGUUUGCCUGGAAGGCGGAAGCGGCAUCGUUUGCGAACCUCACAAAUGUCCCGAACAAAAUAAGGGGACUUGUUCUGGGAAAGGCUUCUAUGAAGUCACCGAAGUCAACUCUGAGGAUCCCUGCUGCCCCAUUGUCACUUGCAAAUGCAACACAAGUUUGUGCACAACUAAGCCCCCCAAGUGUACGCUGGGAUUUGAAGUUUAUUCUUAUAUUCCCAGUGAUGAGUGCUGUCCCGUGUACCAGUGUGUUCCCAAGAAGGUUUGUGUACAUUACAAUGCUGAGUUCUUGCCUAAUUCCUCAGUCUUCGUCGAUAAGUGUCACGAUUGCUUCUGCACUAACAAAGUUAACAGCAGCACUCAACUGAAUGUCAUCUCCUGCGAACAUAUUCCGUGCAACACAUAUUGCGAACCAGGAUACGAACGACAACACGUAGAGGGUGAAUGUUGUGGAAAAUGCGUGCAGACAAAAUGUAUUAUACAUACAUCCCACGGUUCCACUCUCAUAUUGAAUCCCGGAGAGUUCAUAAACGAUCCUUACGACAACUGCACCAUUUAUAGUUGUACACGUCUCAAGAACCAGCUUAUCUCUUCCACAUCUGAAAUUACAUGUCCCGCAUUCAAUGAGGAGAUGUGCAAACCCGGAACUGUUACAUUCUUACCUAACGGUUGUUGCAAAACCUGUGUACCUCUGGAUAGCCCCGCACCGUGCUCUGUCCGUGAGAGAAAAGACUUUAUUGUCUAUAAGAACUGCCGUUCUCUGAAGAGAGUUGUCCUGACUGAAUGUGAAGGAACAUGUGGAACUUUCUCUCUCUACUCCGUUGAGGCCAGUUCUAUGGAGCACAGUUGUUCCUGCUGCAAGGAAGUAGAAACUAGCAUGAAGGAAGUGGAACUGAAAUGUCCCUCUGGGAAAUCAAUUACACAUAAGUAUGUGUAUGUGGAAAGCUGCGGAUGUCAGGACACUCAGUGCAAACUCCCAGAAUCUAGCGAGUCUCAGAGCACGGAAGAAAAUGAGGAGAGCACUCAAAAUCACAGGAGAAGAGCCAUCGGCUUAACAUCAAAAUGAAGCACAGAAAAGCUAACAGCACUCAAGUAAAGGAUCUACACACCACUCCGAUCUUCCUUGACAGCUCUUGAACUUAGCUUUUCCCCACUACUGUAUCCUGUAUGUUCUCUGAUUGUUUUUAACCAUGCUCUAUUUAUUUGUGUACAAAAGUACAAUGAACUUUCUUCCAAGUUGCAUAGACCUCUGGAUCAUUUAAUAAUCGUUUUAUUUUCUCUGAAUGAUUAAAAGCACAU